UUCGGGAGGCCGCGUGUAGCGCGAGGUCGGGGCGCCGCGCAUCGCCUGCAGCGCUGUAGGCCCGUCGGAGGGAGUGCGGGACGGUUCACCUGAGCGCCGUAUCCCAGCCGAGAUGUCCGCGGCGAGGGAGAAGAAGCGAGCCAGGAAGAUGAGGAACCAGCCGGCCAGCGUCACGCUCCCUGCCGAGCCGGGGUCCUUUCCCGGCGGCGGCGGCGGCAACAGGGCCUGCUCGGCCCCAGGAGAUGUUCGUUCUGAGCAGCAGUAUCAACAGCAGAAAUUUUUGCAUCCGUCACCUGGGCCUCCCUACAGGAAAGACCAAAAUAGAGGAGACUCGAGAGGCAGAGGAAGGGGAGGAUGGCAGGGAGAGCAUCAGAGUUCUUCUGAAGAACUGCCUAGAUUCAUAACAGUGUCUACCUUUGCUCAAGCUCGUGCUGCUGAGAUCAAAGCCAUGCUGAAAGCAGUUGCACAGAAAUCUUCCAACUCUCUAGUCUUCCAGACUCUGCCCAGGCACAUGCGAAGGCGAGCUAUGAGUCACAAUAUUAAGCGCCUGCCCAGGCGGCUGCAAGAGGUUGCCAGAAAAGAGGCUGAGAAAGUUGUACAUCAGAAGAAAGAGCAGUCCAAGACUAAAUGCCGCAAAGCCCGAAGACGCCACGUAAAUUUGGUAGCAGAGUUUAAUCGCAGGCAAAGGAAAAAUAUUUGGCUGGAAACACAUAUUUGGCAUGCAAAGAGAUUUCAUAUGGUAAAGAAAUGGGGAUACUGUUUAGGAAACAGCCCUACAGAGAAGUGCUACAGGGCUUGUUACCGAGCCAUGACAAAUCACUGCCUUCUCCAGGAUUUAUCAUAUUAUUGUUGUCUGGAGUUGACUGGUAAAGAGAAUGAGCUUCUGAGACAACUUGCUCGAAUAUGUAGUGUUGAUGCAGGAUUAACAUUUGGAGCAGCCAGUUGUCUGUCUGGAAGACUUGAAGGUUCCUUGAAUCUUUACCGAGCAGAUCGCUAUCCUGAGGACAUGCUUGGUCCUGUUACAUUCAUUUGGAAACCAAGGUGUGGGUCUGAAAACAGACAGUUAUGGAUUUGGAUGCAUCCAGCUCUCAAGCAGGACGUACUGAAUGAGUUGAAAGCAGUUUUUCAGUGUUCAGAGCCUGAGGAGAUCUGUAUUCCUGAGCCAAUUGCAACACUAACUCAAGAGGAAGAACAAAUGGAUCUUGUUCAGAGCCUUGGCAAAAAAAGAAAGAAAGAGGACAAAGAAGGAGAUAAAGCUGUGCCAGUGAAGAAAAUAAUUGGUGAUGGCACUAGAGACCCAUUCCAGUCCUACUCCUGGGUCUCACAAAUUACUGGCAUUGUGAUCAGGGAUCAAACAAUGGAGAUUCUCAGAUAUCGACUGAUUGGCCCAUUAUCACACUCCGUCCUUACAGAGACCCUGAAAGCUGCUUCUAUCCAAACAGAGAUGGUGGAUUCACAGUCGAAACUGAAUAACUGGUGGGUAGAAAACUGCAAGGUCUCUGAAAAAGUAUCUCUUCAUCAUCGUCAAACAGCUAUCUUUGAGCUCUUAGAAGGGAUAAGUUCACCAUCAGAAAUGCCACCAGGUACAGUACUGGGCCUCACUGUUGGAGAUCCUCGAGUAAAUCUGCCAAAAAAAAAGACAAAAGCCAUUCCAGAUCCGGAAAAAUACCAAGAUAAUGAUAAAGUUAGGCAGCUGUACCUGGAGGGUGUACCUGCUGAGUGUGCUCACAGCUUUAUCUGGGACCAGGACAUCUGUAAGAACGUCACUGAAAAUAAAAUCUCAGAGCAGGAAUUAAACAAAAUGAGAGCCCAGUUACUGGUACCUGGAUCUCAGCUUGAUUUGGGUCCUUGUGAAUCUAAAAUUCCUAUACUGUUGGUGCAGCAGCCAGGAAAAAUGGCUGGAGAAGAUCGACCAGGAUGGGGGAGUGGCUGGGAUAUCUGUCUCCCAAAGGGCUGGGGCAUGGCUUUCUGGAUUCCUUUUAUCUAUCGAGGUGUACGAGUUGGUGGCUUGCAAGAGGCUUCAAAACAUUCUGAGUAUCAAAGAAUACCUCACACUCCAGAUGAUUUCCCUGAUUGCCCGGCGGGAAUGCAGUUUGCCAAAGAACUGGAAAGCUGUCUUCUUGACAAAUUCAAACGACGUCCACCUGCAAAAAGGGCGAAUUAUGUCAAACUGGGCACUCUGUCCCCCUUCAUCUGUCCUUGGGGGCAACUGGUGAAGAGCUGGGAAGGAAGAAUGAAAGCUUCAGAAGAAUUUGUGCAUCGUUCUUCCCCACAUGCUGAGCACUGUGCAACUGAAGGACAUGGCUUUUGUGACCCCAAACCAGAAGUGGUGAAAGAAGCUUCCCCUGAGACUGGUGAGGUAGAGGAGACCAUGGAAAUAAGCUCUGAAGAUUCUAUAAAGACAGAGGGUGAUACAGACACCCAAGAUUUUGGUGAGAGAGGUGAAACUAUGAGAAGUGACUUUAUUGUUCUCAGGAGUGAGAAAUUACUAAUGCAGUUAUCAGCCUGGUGUUACCCCACUUCUGGAAAAGAUCGGCGGCCUCGCCUUGUUUCUCAGCUUGGAGGAAAGGAAAUGACUGAAGAUGUCCUUUUGCCAAUCUUGAUGAGCUAUCCCAGGGCUCUGGUAUGGGUCAACUUGUCUCUCCUGAGGAAGGGGAACCCUGAAUUACAUGCCAUGAUUUGCAUCCCAACAGAAGAUGAUUUACUGCACUUAAGCAAGGACAGACUCUUCUGUGGUCCUCAAGAACCCAAGCAUCGUGACAUAUUCAAGCACAAGGUACAGAAGCUAAAAGAAAAGAAGAAGAAGAAGAAAGAGGAAGAUAAUUUGAAGGCCCAAGAAAGCAACCCUCCCAGUGUUCCAGAGAAAGAAACAACUGAGGAAUGUAAAGACCUCAUUCUAGGUCUUUGGUCAGGCACUCUCCCGGAUGUUACUUCCCAUUGCUGCAGAACUCUCUUGGGAUAUGUAACUCGAGGGGAUUUUUCACUAGCUACAGGCUGUGGAGAAGCACUGGGUUUUGUUAGCUUGACAGGGUUGCUUUAUAUGUUAUACAGCCAGCCAGCAGAUAAAAAAGGGCUUGUUUUGCUGAGAACUCCAGCAUCUUUACAGUACAGAUUUGCAAGACUUAGUAUUGAGGUUUAAGUAUCAAUGAAGUUCAGUAGAAUGCAAAAUACACCAAAGUAUGUAUUAUGUCUCCUAUGGCCUUUCUGCUAGGCCAUUGAAGAAGUAUUUCUGAACCUUGAGGAAUAUGAAACGAUUGGAAAGCUUUGUAGCAUUAUUAAUGGGAAUAACUGAUACUUAAACCUGGUAUUACUUCUGAUGUCCACAUUGUGCAGGAUUUCUGACAGUAACAUGCAUGUCACCAUUAUAUUCUAUAUCUGAGAAGCCUGUUUUUCACCUCAGUGCUAUAAGGGUUCUGAAACAAAAUAACAAAUUUUCAUUUUAGAAAUCUUCUGAUGAGAUGGCUGAUAAAUUGUAGCUUUCCAGAUCACUGUUCACAUACAAGCAUGUGCCCUCUGGGGUGUAUAUGUAGCAAGUGGCUUUUACCAUUCCUUGAGUCUGAAAAUGUGUGGCUACAGUGGAAUAGAAUUAAGUGGACAAUUCUAGCACAGCCAGCAGGUAAGGUGUGUUGGUGGAAAAGCUCUGUUUAAAUGAAAUGCAAAUAUUUGAUAGUCCAGCUGCAUAAUUUUAAAAUUACAGCAACUAAAGCUCUUAAAUUGGAAAGCAUAUCUAUUUCUCUCUAUUCUGAGAGAGGAAACUGUCUUUUUGAAAGAUAAUAAGCUUUUUGAAUGUAAAUUGCUCUUGGUGGGUCAGCAUACAUUUUCUGUUGUAAGUGGGAAUAUUUUGAUUCUGUGUAAUGUUUUAUUUUUGUAUGGAGUGUGCUGGGACCAAGGCUUUCUUCAUUUUGCAAUAGGGUUUAUGGAGGUUGAAGCAGUCAUAUAACCUAUAAAAUGUAUGAGAAUGGAGAGAAAGAUAUUUAAUUUGACUGGGGAAGGGUGGUUACUUGGUUUUGUUGCUGGUUGGGCUUCUUUUUGUUAAUGGUAACCCUAAACUUCUAGCCAUUCUUGAGUUAAGCAGCUUGAAAGUGAAUUUACAGUAAUGCACUGUAGUUUAAUCUGAGCAUGGUACAAAUAUUUACCAGUUGUUAACAUAAACCUAAAAUGAGACUACAAAUAAAAAUGUAAUCUAUUCUUGAUUCAGGAAUCUUAACGAUUCGGCUUGAUUUGUUGAAGUAAUAAAUUAAAUAUGAAUCAGUUGAUGAUUUUGUCUUCCUAAGUAUCAGUCGGUAACUUAAUUCCCACAGCCACAGUUUUGUUUGAAAAAAUCCUUGGGGGAAUAAAUGAAUGUUUUGUGGAGUUCUUUUGCUGCAGGGAGAAUUUAGUGUAACUUAACUUCAUAAUUAUUAAUGUUGAGGUCCAUUGUUGGAUUAAAUGGAGAUAUUCAAGACCUG